CACCUGCCUUAAAUGACAGCGGCGCUCGGCAGCUCGCCGUUGUAGUUUCUCUUUGACUAUGACAGCUGGUUAGAGGCAGUCUGGCAGCAUAACAUGAAUAAACGAGCAAGUGAAAGCGUACACAUUGAAUUUUAAUCGUUGGGUGCUCGCCGUUUUUUCGUCGCCAAACGGGUGAACGGUUUAUCCUCCUUAUUCUCCGCCACAUUAGCUUAGCUUGCUAGCAGUCAGCGACAUUAUGGCAUGCGUGUAGAUGGGAGAGCUCUUCCACAUUGCGAUUACCGAAGGGGGCAGUUCUGCUUUCGGUGGAUGAUAAAUGCUCAGAGACUUUCCGUAAAAGGCUCACAAAGUGCUAUGGAGCCGUACGCGGCUAUGGGUUGUAUGAACAUUGGCAGUCUGACCAGCACCUUACCGGUGAUCCCCUACCAGAAGCUGACCGACCUGUACUACCUGAGCAGAGGGGGCUUCGGCACCGUGUUCAAGGCACAGCACUCCGACUGGAGGACCACUGUGGCUAUCAAGUGCCUCAAACUCGACUGUCCUGUUGGAGAAAGAGAGAGGAACUGCCUGCUGAAGGAGGCCGAGGUGCUCCACAAAGCCAGGUUCAACUACAUCAUCCAGAUCUUUGGGAUCUGCAACGAGCCCGAGUUCUUCUGCAUAGUCACCGAGUUUAUGAGCAAUGGCUCUCUGGACUUGUUGCUCCACGAGAAGGACAUGUACCCCGGGCUCGCCUGGCCUUUGCGACUGAGAAUCCUAUAUGAGAUUGCCCUGGGCGUUAACUUCCUCCACAACAUGAACCCACCCCUCUUACAUCAUGACCUUAAGACUCAGAACAUACUUUUGGAUGGUGAAUUUCAUGUUAAGAUUGCAGACUUUGGCCUCUCAAAAUGGCGGCAACUAUCCGUCAGUAAAGGCUCAGGGUCCAAGCCCACAGAGAUGGGGGGCACAGUGAUCUACAUGCCCCCUGAGAAGUACGAACCAUCAAAGAGCCGCCGUGCCGAUGUGAAACACGACAUGUACAGCUACGCCAUCAUCAUGUGGGAGGUGCUGUCCAGGCAGAUUCCAUUUGAAGAGGUGACCAACCCCAUGCAGAUCAUGUUCAGUGUUCUACGUGGGAUGCGUCCCGACAUCAGUCUAGAAAGUCUGUCUGCCGACAUCCCCAGCAGAGACACACUCAUCAGUUUGAUGACCAGUGGCUGGACCUCUAACCCUGACGAAAGACCUUCCUUCCUCAAGUGUUUGAUAGAGCUGGAGCCCAUGGUGAGGAAGUUUGACGAAAUUGACUUCCUGGAGGCCGUGUUGGAAAUCAAGAGGUCAAAGUUGAGGCACAGGUCAGGUUGUUGCUCAGCCCAGUCAGGGAGCGAGAAGAGGAGUGAGGAGGGAUCCCUGAACAUACUGAAGGACAGGCCCAGCCCGUGGCCGGAGAGCUCAACCUCAGGCUCAGGCUCUUGUUCCUCCCAGGACACGGACAUAUCUUUACCAGGCGUCCUUACCAGCAGCAAUGCUGCACCUUCUAAAGAUGGGCUCCCGUCAUCGUUUUUAGCUCAUACUCUGGAGCCUCCUGAGUCUUUGAAGGACCCCUGCGCAGUUAACAAUCUGAAUGGCUACCAGAGUGCCAGGCCCAUGAAUGAUUUGAACAUACCUGUCAAACCAGGUUUGCCUGUCAGUGAAUAUGAGACACGGCUGGAUAACCUCACCCUUGUGCCUCAGCCUCAGCAACAAGCAGAUUACUCUCCUCCACUGCGGCACUCCCCUCCCUCACAAGGCCCAAUGGCCCAGUGGAUCGCAUCAAAGCGUGAGGAGAUCGUCGCCCAGAUGACAGAGGCCUGUCUGAAUCAGAGCCUGGAUGCCCUACUGGCCCAAACACUGCUGAUGAGAGAGGACUACGAGCUGGUUAAGACCCAGACCACACGCACCGCCAAGGUGCGCGAACUCCUGGACAACUGUCACCGACACAAUGAAGACUUCUGCCGCAUCGUUGUCCGCAAGCUGCGCGACAACAAGCAAAUGGGCCUGCAGCCAUACCCGCCCGAGAUCGGCUCCCCCACCCUCAUUCCAAGCACACCAACGCUGUCCAUGUCCUACAAUAACUCCAGGAGCAAAGUGCACCAGUAGCAGUAGUCUCAACCAAACAAUGGGAACAAUCCAGAUGAUAGACUGUGCCAGCUUUACACUUCACUGAACUCCAACUGGUUCCAUCGUCGCCAAGAUGGUCACCAGGGUUCCUGCCGGACUUUCCUUCAUGGGUGCGGUAAGCAAAAAGAGUUACAGGUGGAAGCUAAGCUGUUGGCGUGAAAGAAUAUCCACUCAAAACAGACAAAAUGUUUUAUUCUGUUUAAUCAGAAUCAAAAGACUGGAAUGAAAUUCGUACUUUUAUUUAAUGUUUUUUUUAAUUUAAUGAAGUGUUUUAUUUAUGGUCCCUUCAUUCUGAGUGGAUGUAUUGCAGAUGAUGAUGAUCAAGAUGUAUUACAAUAUGCUUUUGUCUCCAAAGCUCAGUUACCAUUUUAUGAAAGUGUAAUUAUGUGUGUGUGUGUGUGUGUGUGUGUGUGUGUGUGUGUGUGUGUGUGUGUGUGUGUGUGUGCGUGCGCACGUGCACAUGUAGCCAAGGGUACAAACACUCUGUCAAACUGAGUUAGUGACAAUAGGACUGUUACUAUGCCAGAAAACCUACAGCUAAUGUAUGAUUUAAGUCUAUCAUAGCAAUCUUAAAGUGUCCUGUAGUCAUGGGUGAACGACCUCGAUAACAUUUGGCACCUGAGUGACAUUAGAGAGUAUGGGGCCCUCUCAGUGUCCUUGUUUUGAAGCACAUGACCUACAUUCACUCUGUGAGAACAUGCACAGGCAAGUGUUGCGCACAGGUGACUUCAG